UCAGUUAUUUUUGUAAAAAAGUUACGAUAUUUUAAAAUCAGCAAAAUGUCAGGUGGCAUGCUUUAUGGGGGAGAUGAAAUUGGAGCUUUAGUAUUUGACUUGGGUCAUCAUUCUUUAAGAGUUGGUUAUGCCCAAGAGGAUACUCCAAAAGCUGAGAUUCCAGCAGUUGUAGGCAUAGGAGAAGAUGGUAAUUGCACAGCAACGAAAACAGAACCAAUGGACAUUGAUGAUAAAAAACCAGACAACAAUAUUACACAAUCUGGGACCAAGUAUUAUAUUGAUACUACUAUACUUCAUGUUCCAAGAAAAAAUAUGGAAGUCGUAAGUUACAUGAAAGAUGGAAUGAUUGAAGAUUGGGAUCACUUUGAGAAGGUUUUAGAUUAUACUUAUUCCAAAGUAAUUCAAUCAGAUGCAGAAUAUCAUCCAGUAUUGUUUUCUGAAUCUCCAUGGAAUGUACGCAGUAAAAGAGAAAAGUUAACUGAACUGAUGUUUGAGAAGUAUAAUGUACCAGCUUAUUUCCUUGUUAAAAAUGCAGUCCUUGCUGCUUUUGCAAAUGGCAGAGCAACUGGUAUUGUUGUUGAUAGUGGAGCAACUCAUACUUCUGCUGUACCAGUCCAGGAUGGUUUUGUAUUAACACAGGCAAUAGUUAAAUCUCCACUUGGAGGAGACUAUAUAAGUAUGCAAUGUAGACAAUUUUUACAGGAUAAUGACAUUGACUUGUCCCCUUCUUAUAUGGUGGGUAGUAAAGAAGUUGUUAAAGAUCAUGAGAAACCAAGAUGGGUGAAGAAAAAGGGGUUACCUGAAGUUACUAAGUCUUGGCACAAUUACAUGGUAAAGAAACUAAUUCAGGAUUUCCAAGCUACUGUACUGCAAGUAUCAGAAACUCCAUAUGAUGAGAAAAUUGUUUCCACUGUUCCUGCAGUUCAAUAUGAAUUUCCUACUGGGUAUCACCAAGAUUUUGGAAGUGAAAGAUUUCGCAUACCAGAAGCACUUUUUGAUCCUAGUAUGGUGCAAAUGCGUGGUGGUAUGGUUGGCAAUACUAUGUUGGGAGUAGGUCAUAUUGUUACAACGAGUGUAGGCAUGUGUGAUGUUGAUGUAAGACCAGCACUUUAUGGUAGUGUUGUUGUGACUGGUGGAAACUCGUUUAUUCAGGGCUUUCCGGAACGUUUAAAUCGAGAUCUUUCCAUGAGAAUUCCAUCUAGUAUGAGGUUGAAAUUAAUUAGUGUAAAUGGAUGUGCCGAACGACGAUUCGGAGCUUGGAUUGGUGGAUCUAUUUUGGCUUCAAUUGGAACCUUUCAACAAAUGUGGAUAUCGAGCCAAGAAUACGAAGAGAGUGGAAAAAGUCAAGUAGAACGAAAAUGUCCCUGAAUAAAAAUGAUAAGUUAUUUCUAUUUGUCUUUUCCUAAUAAUUAUUACCACUACUUGUACAAA